GGCUGCUGCUCUUGGCAGAUGCGCUGGCCCCAGGUUGGGGCUGUGCCGCGCCUUUCCCUGGACGUUGGGAGCAGCAGGCGGCAGCCGCACCACGCUGGAGCGGAGCCGGAGGACUGCGCUCUCGGAACUGGCUCCUAGAGAAGCCUCCCCAGCUUUCUGAGGAUGCUAACCAGCUGAGAAGCAAGCAAGACAACUGUGGUGACAGUCGCCUGGAGCCUGCCGCCAGCUCUCUCUCCCCAGAUCACAAAAACAUGGAAAUUGGGGUGUCCGUGGCAGAAUGUAAAAGUGUACCUGGAGUCACCUCUACCCCCCAUUCCAAGGACCACUCCUCCCCUUUCUAUUCGCCCUCACACAAUGGCCUCCUCGCUGAUCAUCAUGAGUCUUUAGAUAACGAUGUCGCCAGAGAGAUCCAGUACCUAGAUGAAGUGCUGGAGGCCAACUGCUGUGAUUCCUCUGCGGAUGGCACUUACAACGGAAUCUCCUCCCCAGAGCCUGGUGCAGCCAUACUGGUAAGCAGCUUAGGCUCACCUGCCCACUCAGUCACCGAGGCAGAACCCACUGAGAAAGCAUCCGGUAGGCAGGUGCCUCCUCACAUCGAGCUCAGUAGAAGCCCCUCCGACAGGAUGGCUGAAGGAGAAAGAGCCAAUGGACACUCCACUGACCAGCCCCAAGACCUGCUGGGGAACAGCCUGCAGGCACCUGCCAGCCCCAGUUCCUCUACCAGCUCCCACUGCUCCUCCCGAGAUGGUGAGUUCACACUCACCACACUGAAGAAGGAGGCCAAGUUUGAGCUGCGUGCCUUCCACGAGGACAAGAAGCCCUCCAAGCUCUUUGAGGAGGACGAGCGCGAGAAGGAGCAGUUCUGCGUCCGGAAAGUGAGGCCCUCCGAGGAGAUGAUAGAGCUGGAGAAAGAGCGGAGGGAGCUCAUCCGGAGUCAGGCUGUGAAGAAGAAUCCUGGCAUCGCCGCCAAGUGGUGGAAUCCUCCCCAGGAGAAAACUAUUGAGGAGCAGCUGGACGAGGAACACCUGGAGUCGCACAGAAAGUACAAGGAGCGCAAAGAGAAAAGGGCCCAGCAGGAGCAGCUACAGUUGCAACAGCAGCAGCAGCUACAGUUGCAACAGCAGCAGCAGCAACAGCUGCAACAGCAACAGUUGCAACAACAACAGCUGCAACAGCAACAGCUGCAACAGCAGCAGCUGUCCACAUCCCAGCCCUGCACAGCCCCAGCUGCUCACAAACACCUAGAUGGCAUUGAACACACAAAGGAGGAUGUGGUCACUGAGCAGAUUGACUUCUCGGCUGCACGCAAGCAGUUCCAGCUGAUGGAGAAUUCCAGGCAGACACUGGCCAAGGGCCAGAGCACACCAAGGCUGUUCUCUAUCAAGCCUUACUACAAACCUCUUGGAUCCAUCCAUUCGGACAAGCCACCGACCAUCUUGAGACCAGCUACUGUCGGGAGCACACAGGAAGACGGUGGCACACAGGCAGCCAAGGAGCAGAAAGCUCCCUGUGUAUCUGAGAGCCAGUCUGCAGGAGCCGGUCCAGCUAACGCUGCCACUCAGGGAAAGGAAGGGCCAUACAGUGAGCCUUCUAAACGUGGGCCCUUAUCUAAACUGUGGGCAGAGGAUGGGGAGUUCACAAGUGCCCGGGCCGUCCUGACUGUAGUCAAAGAUGAAGAUCAUGGGAUUUUGGACCAGUUUUCAAGAUCGGUCAAUGUAUCUUUGACUCAGGAGGAGCUGGACUCAGGGUUAGAUGAGUUAUCAGUGAGGUCUCAGGAUACCACUGUCCUGGAAACUCUGUCCAAUGACUUCAGCAUGGACAACAUAAGUGACAGUGGAGCCUCUAACGAGACACCCAGUGCCCUUCAGGAAAACUCACUGGCUGAUUUCUCUCUGCCUCAGACCCCCCAAACAGACAACCCCUCUGAGGGCCGAGAAGGGGUCUCCAAGUCAUUCAGUGACCAUGGUUUCUAUUCUCCUUCCUCCACGCUGGGAGAUUCUCCGUCCGCUGAUGACCCCUUGGAAUAUCAGGCUGGGCUCCUGGUGCAGAAUGCCAUUCAACAAGCCAUAGCCGAGCAGGUGGAUAAGGCUGAGGUGCACACCAGCAAGGAGGGAUCAGAACAGCAGGAGCCUGAAGCAAUGGUAGAGGAAGCUGGGAGCCAGACUCCUGGCUCUGAGAAGCCCCAGGGCAUGUUUGCACCACCUCAGGUGUCCUCUCCUGUUCAAGAGAAAAGGGAUGUAUUACCAAAGAACCUCCCUGCGGAGGACAGGGCACUCAGGGAAAAGGGGCCCUCCCAGCCACCCGCGGCUCUGCAGCCCAGCGGUCCAGUCAACAUGGAAGAGACCAGGCCUGAAGGAGGGUACUUCAGCAAGUACUCAGAGGCAGCCGAGCUGAGAAGCACAGCCACCCUCCUGGCGACUCAAGAGUCUGAUGUCAUGGUUGGGCCCUUCAAACUGAGGUCAAGGAAGCAGCGGACUUUGUCCAUGAUUGAAGAAGAGAUCCGGGCAGCCCAGGAAAGGGAGGAGGAGCUAAAGCGGCAGAGACAAGUGAGGCAAAGCACCCCAAGCCCCAGGGCCAAGAACGCCCCAUCGCUGCCUUCUAGGACCACCUGCUACAAGACUGCUCCAGGGAAAAUAGAGAAAGUCAAACCUCCUCCAUCCCCCACAACUGAAGGUCCCAGCUUACAGCCUGACUUAGCCCCUGAAGAGGCUGCCGGAACCCAGCGGCCCAAGAACCUGAUGCAGACCCUCAUGGAAGACUAUGAGACCCACAAAUCUAAAAGGCGCGAGAGAAUGGAUGAUAGUAGUUACACCUCUAAGUUACUGUCUUGCAAGGUGACUUCCGAGGUCCUGGAGGCCACACGGGUUAAUCGGAGGAAGAGUGCUCUGGCCUUGCGCUGGGAGGCAGGGAUUUAUGCUAACCAGGAAGAGGAGGACAACGAAUAAACUGUCUUCAGCCCAGGAAACUCCUCUGCUGAAGGAGUUUCUACAGAGAAACCAGGAAAUUAUUGAAUCAGCAGCAUUUUAAUAGACUACUUAUUAAAGUGCAUACAAACUCAACAACCCUCAUGUAGACCAGAAGCUGCAAUACACAAUGAUAAAAAAAAAAAAAAACAAAAAACAAAAAAGCAAAGUGAAGCAAACAGGAAGUUCACCCAUCAAACUGA